UAGGGGAAGUGACGUCACCACAGCCCGCUGAUGGAGCGUCUGUUGAAGCAGAUAGAUACACACACGGCAGUUUCAGGGCUAGCGGAGCUAGAAGGGAGUCCUUUGCAAAAUCCGCCUUCAUCCUUUUUUAAACAGACUUUUUUCAUAGUAAAAAUUACUAGAGCAUAAAGUUCGCACUUUCAUCUUUUUAAUAAGCCUAAUAUUUUGAUAUUUCCCGAUUCGGAAUGUUAGAAAACGACUGGUGAAAAUUGGGUAUAGCUACUGUGAAGGGGAUUAGCAAGCUAGUAGGCUGUCAGGGGAUUCUGCCUGGGAGAGACGGAAGAAUAGACGGACAACAAAGAACGGAUUUUCGUUUUGUUUUUAAACACUCCAAACAUAUAUAAUUUAAAUCACUCCCGUUGAAGCUAGCUUUAUUGCUAGCUUUGUUAUUUAGCCAUUUAUCAUGGAAUUGAGAGUAGGAAACCGAUACAGACUGGGAAGGAAGAUCGGCUCUGGAUCCUUUGGUGACAUUUACUUGGGCACAGACAUCUCAGUGGGGGAAGAAGUAGCCAUCAAGCUAGAAUGUGUGAAAACAAAACACCCACAGCUGCACAUCGAGAGCAAGAUCUACAAGAUGAUGCAAGGAGGCGUGGGUAUCCCAACAAUCAAAUGGUGUGGAGCAGAGGGAGAUUACAAUGUGAUGGUAAUGGAGCUGCUGGGACCCAGUUUGGAAGAUCUCUUCAACUUCUGUUCUCGCAAGUUCAGUCUAAAGACUGUUCUCCUGCUGGCUGACCAGAUGAUCAGCCGCAUUGAAUACAUACACUCCAAGAACUUCAUCCACAGAGAUGUCAAGCCUGACAACUUCCUUAUGGGCCUGGGGAAGAAGGGCAACCUUGUUUACAUCAUUGACUUUGGCCUGGCCAAGAAGUACAGAGAUGCUCGCACCCACCAGCACAUCCCUUAUCGCGAGAACAAAAACUUGACUGGCACUGCUCGCUACGCUUCCAUCAACACCCACUUGGGAAUAGAGCAAUCCAGACGAGAUGACUUGGAGUCUCUUGGCUAUGUGCUCAUGUACUUCAACCUGGGCUCACUGCCAUGGCAGGGUCUGAAGGCUGCCACAAAGAGACAGAAGUAUGAGCGAAUCAGCGAGAAGAAAAUGUCCACUCCUAUUGAAGUCCUGUGUAAAGGAUACCCAUCUGAGUUUGCCACAUACCUCAACUUUUGCCGCUCCCUUCGCUUUGACGACAAGCCAGACUAUUCUUACCUGAGACAGCUCUUCAGGAACCUUUUCCACAGACAAGGCUUUUCAUACGACUACGUGUUUGACUGGAAUAUGCUCAAAUUUGGUGCAAACAGAGCAGCAGAAGAUCCGGAGAGAGAGCGGAGGGAUCGAGAGGAAAGAUUGCGACAUGGACGGAAUCCCGCGGCCCGUGGCAUGAUGCCUUCCAGCUCAGGUAGACCCAGAGGAACACAAGAAGUAGCACCUCCCGCACCCCUCACGCCAACCUCACACACAGGAAUGGAGCGAGAGAGGAAGGUCAGUAUGAGAUUGCACCGCGGAGCCCCUGUCAACAUUUCCUCCUCUGAUCUAACUGGCCGACAGGACACCUCACGCAUGUCCACAUCCCAGGCUCUUUCUCGCGUCACCCCAAGUGGCCUGCAGUCUGCCGUACCUCGAUGAGACCCUCCACAUGCCUCAAGAGCAGACCAACCAUGGCCCUGCUCUGCACUAGGACUUCUCCAGCAGCCUCUAACCAUGUGAAAUCAACCUCAGCAAAUCAAAUUGAAACAAGAGACUUCAUUUUCAACUUCCUCUCAAAUCAUCUAAACACCUGAGUUACGCAAAUUUGAGAGAUGGACAUAUUUUGGUUUUCUUUUCUUUUUUUUUCUCACACACACCAAAAAACACAAACAUUUUCUUACCUACACUACUCCAAGACACCUGGGCACAUCAGUUGUGCUUGUUAACAUCACUUUUUGCCAGACAAUCGCUGGCGAGUUGGGAGGGACGGGUGGGUGGGUGGGGGGUCACUGAUUUUAGCCCUCUGACACACUCUAGAAAGAGAGGGCUGUCCGGGGGCUAAAGCCAUGUACAACGCCUCUGAUUGUGUGAAUCUCCCUCUACUGUUGCAAAAAAAUUACUUUUACACAGCUUGGAAUGCCGCUGUACUGAUAGCCAUUGACAUUCUGCCUACCAUAAUCUUUUCUUUUUGUUCAACAGAGAUUAAAUUGAUUUCACACUGGCUGCAGUAAUUUUCUUUUUGAUAGUUUAACAGCAUUAAGCUUAACGAAAUGUGCAGAAUUAAAUUGAAUGUUUGAAAGCCUGUUUGUUCACGUGACAGGAUGAAGGCUCUGUCCUUUUAAUAUCAUUUUGUAGUUUAUUAUGUGGAAGGCUGGGCGGAGAAACAUACAGCAAAAGUCUGAGUUGUCAAACCCACAAUACCACAUUCACACCUUUUUAGAAAAUUUUUAGUUUCGUCGCACCCAUCAACCUGGCCCUCUUUAUCAACUCGUGUUUUUUUGCUCAUUGAUUUUAUUGCAUUCCCUUAUGCUUUUCUUUUAUUUCUUGCCUGUAUUGUAGAGUUGUUGAUGUUAUUAGUGUUGCUUUUUGUUUCUUUUUACCCCGUUAACAAAGCUUAGUGCUUUUACAGUAAUGCAGGCACACAUGGUUGAGUCAAGACUGUUGGACAAUGUCACUGAUAGACAUUUAUAGCAGUUUAAGAAGUCUAAUAAUGAGAAAAGGGCUUCGUUUUUCUGACCUGAGGGUAUAAACCCAAAAAAACUUGGGGCCUAUGUUGAGACAAGUUAGGCACAUUUUCUUUUGAGUUUGGAUUUGGAAAUGGAUGUCCUGAGCUCAGCUCGUCUCAUUGAGAAUACACCAGCCAUCAUUUAAGCCAUGCCUGAUUUCUUUUUCUUUUGACUGAUACUUUUAACAAUUGAGAUGCAAGUUUUAGUUUAUCUUCAACUUUAUUUACUGAGUAUUACCAGUGCUUUUAGUACUACUUUUCCCUUGUUUCAGAAGUGUGGUUCCUUGACUUACUGGUGCUAUAAGUCACAGGACGUGGAAGGCGAGCUGCCUGUCCGUAUCAUUCAGCAUAGUAGAGUAGGCUUUUUCUGUAGUCGCGGGGUAGUGGUGAAACUCUUCAAUUCUGUUGUCAUGUAUAUAGGAUGUUUCUAGUGAUGGCAAAGUACCAUUUUUCAUAGCCACUGUCUCUCUCUGUGUGUGUGUGUGUGUGUGUGUGUGUAUUGUGAGAAUGGGGAAAAGGCUAGUGCUUAGAGAGGUGCAAGGGACUUUGUUCCGUUCUAGAUUUGAUAAGUUAGUAAUUCUUUCUCUCCACUGGUGGUCUCACAGAAACAGCCGCUCCAGUACUGGUGUUGUUUAAAUGUAGGCACAAGUACACUUUGUGGGGGAUCGAGCUAUUAUGGAUUUCUCUAUUUCAUUUUCUGGUUCAUUCUACACACGACUGCUUGGCCAGUCCUUCUGCAUCACACUGUGCUGUAUCAGGUGGAAUUAUGGAAAUCUUCUUUCCCUGGAAGAUUUUUUUUCCCUCAUUUGUAUUGCCACUGUAUUUGUGUAUUUUAAAACGUGUAAAUAAAUUAAUAAGUACUUGU